CCUAUAAAUAACCUGGCUAGCCACACUCUCUUCCACCCACAUCACACUACACUCCCGAACUAGUAACUACGAUUUCUUCCUUACACACAGAGCUCCGCGACAAGAGGGAUACGCCGCCGUUGAAGGAUCAAUUCUGAUUCAACUCUAGGUCGGCCAGAUGAAGAAGGUUGUGCUCAAGCUGGACCUGCACGACGACAAGCACAAGCAGAAGGCGCUCAAGCUCGUCUCCGGUCUCCACGGCAUCGACCAGAUCACCGUGGACAUGAAGGACCAGAAGAUGACGGUCAUCGGCACCGUCGACCCCGUCGACGUCGUCGCCAAGCUGCGCAGCAAGCUCUUCCCCACCGCGCAUAUACUCUCCGUCGGCCCGGCAAAGGAGGAGAAGAAGGACUACAAGAAGGACGCCGCCGCCGGAGGGGACAAGAAGGACGAUAAGAAGGAUGGCGCCGGCGCCAACAAGACCCAGCAGGUCAUGCCGGUGUACCCGCACCACUGGUACCCGCCGCCGCCGCAGCCGCGAUACGUCGUCCACAGCGCCGAGGACGACCCCAACUCCUGCGUCAUCUGCUGAUCGACGCGAGCCGCUCAGCUGGUGGCUGCUGGCCUGCUAAUGGUGCUGAAAAGGGAAACCAAAAAUACACAUUGGCUGAUUUGGGACAAGAUCAUGAGAGCUAUAUUGAAAGGAGGUGUCGGAUUUCGUGAUCUUCAUCUUACUACGUGACUGGCCGGCCUUUACAUUUCUGUGCCACAAAAAUAUCAAGUGGCGUGAUGGAUGUCCCCGGCCACCUACAAGUCUGAUUCGAGCUCGCCCAGCCUUAAUCAGUGUAUUUCCAAGCACCAAAGAUAGAGGAGAACCAACCUGAGGUUGGAUGGUUAGGAGGAUGGUUGUACCCCCAGCCCACCAGAGUUCAAACCCCAGGUUUGACAUCUGUCUCAUAAAGGCGGAAUAUUCAUUCAGUGGGAGGCGACGUUCCCGUCGACAGCGAGGCGCCUGUGGUGACUUCGUCAAUUUCAAGAUCCAAUCCGCCGGCUCAGUCUUCCGGAGGUGCUCAUAGGGGUAGGGUGUGCGUGUGUGCGUUCAUAGGGGUGAGUGUAUGCGCGUGUAUGUGAGCACCUGUGUUUGUACUGUGUUUCUCAAAAAAAAAAAAAAAAAAGAGAUAGAGACCAAAGCCAAGGCCCCGAUAAAAGAGCCGACCCUGCCACCCUGGCGGAGAGAGCACUUGAGAUCAAGAAGCACGUUGCCCGGCUCAUCGGCGUGAGGGCAAAGAAGGCCGAGGCAGCAACCAUCGCCGCAACCAAGAAACGAGCUGAGCUCCUCCUGGGCCAUUCGGGCAUGGGACAACACCCAACUCUCCACCUACCAAGUUGUCAUGCAGGUCGUCAUGAUGAUCAAGGGUGAGGCGCUUGCUGACGCUAGGGUACAGGCUGCUAACACCUCCUCAACAAGCUCGUUCAUAUUCACGGCCGCAAGUCACCAUCGUUUCUUUCUCUGGCCGUCUCUGCUUGCUAGGGUGGCAAUUUUGAUGUAUUACACAAAUUGUUUUCCUCUAAAUUACUUUUUUGCAUAACGGGAAGCGGCGGGCGCCAGUUGAAACCCUACUGCUUACACAUGGUUUUAAGGAUACGGCAAAACACUUGUUUGUUAAGGAAGCUAUUCGAGAACAUAAAUUGGACUUCAUUGCCUUGUUGGAGACAGGGAGAUCCAAUUUCUCGAUACCCUUUUUAAAUCAGUUGGCGGCUGGCUUUAAUUAUAAUUGGUUCUGUUUA